AUGGUCCUCAAUACGUCGAUGAAGCUUGGUGCGCGCAGCAAACGCUUUCUCUACGGUGUAAUGUUCGCAAUAACUGGCACAUAUCGAGCACUUGCCGACAAUGAAGUGCGCAAUGUUUUUUGGAGGAACAUGAAAAUUCUGCUGAUCAUGGCCGUCGUGCUAUCCGCCCUACUGCAUGUGUUGCUGCUGCCCAUCGAGUGGAUUAGCCAUCUCAUCUUGAGCCCACAGACGGUGGACGCCAGUGUACGCGCUUUCCGCUACACGGCUGCGUCCACGAUCCCAUUCCUACUCAUUGGCGUAAGUCGUCUUUUCAGAGUCAAAAUGUUCGAAAAAGCUUUUUUUGCGGGACUCGCUACGCGCGACGUGAAUCUCGUUAAGUCAAUCCAAAAGAAAAAAGGAAUUCAUCUGGACUGGGAAUAUGCUCGUCAUCUACUUCGCUUUGGACUGCGACAAGUUGGAUUUGGAAUUGUGGCUAUAAUUGCAAAACCAGUCUUAGGCAUAUUAAUUCCAGUCGCGCAUUUUGGUUAUCGUAUUCGACACAUGGAGGUGGCUUUCCUUCUCCCACUUUUCUUAGCUUUUAUUUUUCCCGCUACUCGUGAGGCAGCACUGCAGCUUGUGCAUAUGUGGCUCGACUCACGCGCGAUGGUACGCGAGCUUUUUGAUCCAAUCAUCUCUCGCAUAAAGUCUGCAGCGAUGGAAGGAGACCCUAACGUUAGCACCGACCUGCUCACUGACAUGGAGAUCGAUAGUGAACAAUACUACAGUCGUACUAAUCAGCGGGACUGGCAUCACAGCGGAAGUGACGCGGCUCGCUUGGGCUUUGGACUUGUCUUCUGUUACAUGCUACAGGUUCCAUUCCUUGGACCCUUUACUUGGUUUGUAGCCUUUGCUUCAGCUGGCCUGUUCGCCCCGGAGCUUGUUGAUUUGCACGCAUUUGGUGGCGCAAAGAAGAACAUACAAUGA